AUGUCGAGUUUCAGUAGAGGGCGAUUCACACGCUUGGUGCCAUUGGUCCUCGUUGCAAUGUGUCUGCUGCUUGUCUUUACAUUACAAAUCUCGCCUUCGAGUCAAUCAGCAGCAACAAAAAGCCCAAUCGAGAAGGAUACAGCAGUGAAUGAAGACCAUGCCGCUGAUGAGCAACGACAAAAGGAGAGGCAGCGCAUGAUUGAUGGUCGUCGUACAGUCAUUGAGCCUGUGGUUACCCCUCAUGACGAAGGAUUGGAUCAUCUCAGCUUUACACACGACAUUGCUGUACCCUCGCCGUUACCAGCAUGGACAGAGGCUGACAUGUUGUCAUUGCAAUCAUUGAUGGGGCAACAAGCACUUGCUGAUCUCUUGACAGUACCUGAAUCGAUGCCUGAUUUCAAAUUGUUGACGUAUCAGCAACGUGUGUUCAAGGCAUUGUUUCAGUAUUUGGAUCCAAUUGUGGCCGCCGGUGAAGUUGAUCUGGAGCAUGAUCCCAAGUACAAGGAUGUAUGGGCGCUGUAUCAAAAGCUCGAGAACGUGCUGUAUCCAUGGUUGAAACCUUAUUACAAAAACGCAUUCCAUCUCACCAACACGACCGAGGGACGUGGUAUCGUCAUUUGCAUCGGCAAUUAUCAUUUCCAAUAUGCUGCAACAGCCUUGCGGGCCAUUCGAGAGGUGUUGAAAUCGAAUCUUCCCAUUGAAGUCUUUUAUAUCCGAGAAAGCGAUUUGAGCCCAAUGCGACGUCAAUAUCUUGAGACUGAAUUCGACAAUGUAAAGACAAUUGCAGUCGUCGAUCGCAUCAAUGAUUGGUAUACACGCUUUGGUGGAUGGUCUCUCAAAUCCUAUGCUAUCCUUGCAAGCAGCUUUUCAGAAGUCAUCUUGGUGGAUGCAGACGCCUACUUUUUCAAGAAACCGGAAGGGCUCUUUGACGAUGCUGGCUAUCGUAAAACAGGCACCCUUUUCUUUUAUGAUCGCACUUUGUUCUCUGGUUGGGAAGUGGGUCGUAAUUGGUUAUUGUCGUUCCUUCCAUCCAUGAGCUCGUUUGUGGAAAAAACACGUUGGUGGAGUUAUCGAUCUGCACAUGAACAAGAAUCGGGCGUCGUAGUGAUCAACAAGAGACGUUCCUUAUUUGGACUCCUGGCCACUUGCAAAAUGAAUGACAAGCGUGAGCGUGAUCAAGUAACCUAUAAACACAUCCAUGGUGACAAGGAGUCUUUCUGGAUCGGUUACGAGAUGAUGCAAACACCUUAUUCUUUCAUCAAGUCAUAUGGCGCAGUCAUUGGUGGAUUGGGCGAUGCUGGUGAUCCUACUACUGUAUGUGGUACCCAGCUUCAUUUGGGCGUGGAUCAUCAACCAUUAUGGUGGAAUGGCGGUUUGCUGCGUGAUAAGAACAAGUGGCCCGACCGGUAUUUGACAUUCACUCACUACGCGGAAGGCGAGGAUUGGGAGUUUGAAACCUCUUGCAUCAAGAACAAGGAUCGUAUACGAGAAUUUUCACAAAAGGAGAGAAACUUGGCUUUGCAAUACGUUGCUUUGGAUGGUCAAAGGAGAAAGGAUGAAGCAUUGAUUGAAAGUGGAGAAUGGAAGCCACGCAGCAAAAAGACUACCACCAUGACCGAUAAUACCGUUGCAUAG